GCCUAACAGCUUUUAAAUUUGGAUUAUUUCAGCCACUUCCAAGCAUUUUGGAUGUGAAAAUGUGUUGAAUCGCCGAGCUGCCAACAUGUCACACGACAAGAAGAUGACCCACAGCCGCAGGGGCCACCUGAAGAGCCUCAUCCUGCAGAUCGCUCAGACCUGGCUGGAGCAGGAGAAGAAGGACAUUGAAGCGGCCAAGGAGGCCUACAUGUCUGAGCACUGUCCCACCCCAGAUGCUGCCGGGGACCAGGCCGCCCUCAUGGAGCUUUGCAAGAAGAUCCACGCAGCCAUCGACAAGGUGGACGAGGACAGGUACGACGUCGAGAAGAAGGUGAACAAGGCCCAGGAAGAGAUCGAGGACCUGAAGAUCAAAGUGGUGGAUCUGAUCGGUGUGAAGAAGCCCGCCCUGAAGAAGGUGCGCAUGUCGGCCGACUCCAUGCUGCAGGCGCUGCUGGGCUCCAAGCACAAGGUGACCAUGGACCUGCGGUCCAACCUGAAGCAGGUGAAGAAGGAGGUGAAGGAGGAGUCGCAAGAGGCCGUGGGCGACUGGCGCAAGAACAUCGAGGACAAGGCCGACAGGAAGAAGAUGUUUGAGAAUUAAAGGCCAUCCCUCGUCCCUCAACCCUAGUCCUUCGUCCCCCUCGCCCCUCGCCCCUCGCCCCCCAUCCCGGCCGUCCGUCCCCGUGUGUCCCGCUCCUCGUCUCGGCUGCUGGUUGGACCUCGGAGGAGACGGAGACGCACGCCUUUUCUUUUCAUUUUCGUUGUUUGGACUCGGUCUGGUUGCUCCAGUGAGGGAGAGGGAGAGGAGGUUCACUCAGCAGCACACACACACACACACACACACACACACACACACACACACACACACACAGGGAACACCAACUCAGCUGUAGAAAUACAUU